UACGUAUAUGUAUAUAUUGUAGAGAGAAGCAAGGCUGACAGUUGUGAAAACGCUUGAAGAGUUUGACAUUGGCCACACUGAGAAGUGUGUUAGGAUAAACUCCGUGUCCAGUGGCCUUGCGGAGGAAGAUCUAGAGGUGCUUUUGCAGUCCAAAACUCUUCCUUCAAGUCUGAUGCUGCCAAAGGUUGAAAGUGUGGAAGAAGUUAAAUGGUUUGCAGACAAAUUCGCACAUCACUCGAAAGGCCGAACACUUGCAGAACCAAUGCAUUUUAUCCCAUUUGUGGAGACCGCGGUGGGGUUGCUCAAUUUUAAGGCUGUCUGUGAGGAAGCAUUGAGAAGAGGAUCCCAGGUUGGCUUUCAUUUGGAUGCAGUCGUCUUCGGAGGAGAAGAUUUCCGUGCCAGCAUAGGUGCAACAAGCAAUAAGGAAACUCAUGACAUUUUAUAUGCCAGGCAGAAAAUAAUAGUCACAGCAAAGGCAUUUGGCCUCCAAGCAAUAGACCUGGUUUACAUUGAUUUCCGAGAUGAAGAUGGGCUUCGUAGGCAAUCAAGGGAAGGUGCCUCGAUGGGCUUCACUGGUAUGGGUUUCUGCCAAUGUCUGAAAGUAAUGCCUAUAUUCUUCAAUUUCAAGAUAUUGCUACAUUUAUUGUUACUUUGACAAAUAACUCGCUUUUUUAUUACAGCUGAGUUUUUUAAAAGCUAAGUGACGCCACGCUCAUAUGCAUUAAUUAACACCUUUACACUUGUGCCUGGAAAUUUUGCCUGAAAAGUCUCAGGCUGCUUUUUAAAACUGCACCCCUUGAAGCAUAUUACUGUAUUUUGAAGAGAGGUUGGGGUAGAGGGUGUGCAGGAUGUGAUUUCUCCUGUCACAGAGUAUGGGACAAGCAAUACUGUACUUUGCAGUGCUCAGUCCACAGUCACUUUUUAAAGAUAUUCAGAUCCCUUCUGCGUAUUUUUCAAGCAGCAGUUGCUUAAAAAGCACUUGCUAGGUGAGGGAGUUGAUAAGCAAACCUUGCACGCUAAUUGCUACAGGAAAGUUCUUUUUUUUAUUAUUUUCUUUGAUUUGUUUUUCAUCUCCUGGCUCCCCUCCCAGUAAGUGCUGGUGACACCUACGGGUAUUGGCAGACAGCAAGACCAGCAGGCUCCUUGCAACAGAGCCCUGUAAUGCAGCCUGUUACCCUGUGAUUGGUGUACCAGAUCACUUGGACACCCUGGUGGGACAGUGCAGCCACCAAAGAUUGUGUUUUUGCAAUAGAAAUCAGCCAUUUGACACAGGCGUUAUAGAAUUCUAGGAUUCAGCACUGACGUUUUACAUUAUUCGUCUGUGACUGUCGUUCAGGGUGUAUGCACAGCAAUCGUUUAGCUGCUCGGGUUUUGUUAGCAAAGGAAGUGCUUUAGCACACUGUAUUUUUACAGUUAAUGGCAUACGACAUCUUAAAGCACUAAGCAAAGUAGCCAAAUACAGCUAGUGUUCUUUUAAAAGUGUUCUUUCAAGUGAUCUGGACACGAUAGUAAAAAAAAAAGACAUCGAUUCCCUUCAGCCCAAACUCUGCUUCCCCGUCUGCUGAGCUUCAGCAGUUGCAAAAGCAGAUCUCGUUUCAGAGGCAGAGCAGGGAGCUCCUCACAGCUACACAACAUUAUCUGUGUCCGUGUGGACUUCCACUCUCAAUUCGUCUGCUAUUGAAGUGGGAAAAUAAUGGAGCUCCUGAAUGGUAGCACCUGCUGAUGGCUACGUAAUCGAGACCAAUCUUUUCUAGUUUAGGGAAGGGCUUGAUUUUUGAAAAAUUUAAGUAUCUGAACCUCCUGUUGACGGAAGAUGGAGCUGCAGAUGCCCAGCACCUUUGAGAGCGAUCUUUCUGAAUGCUUAAUGUGCUUUUAAAUACUUUGCUCAGGCUGCCAGUUUGGAAAAUUUUAAAUCGCAAAGCAUAAACAGCACUGAUGGGGUUUUGGACUCCUCUGACUUUCUGUAGGAAGUUUUCUUGCAUGAGAAUAGGGUCCAGAUAGGAGACAAAUAAAAAGGUCAUGUGUGACAAUUUACAGCAUCAAGAUUGUAUCUAACGCACCCAUAAAGAAUAAAGCUGUGUGUAAGGUAUCAGCUUCACUAACAGAAACUCACAGCUCUUUGCCUUCUGCCUCUCUGCAGUUCUGAUCACUAUAUCUCAGAAGUGCAGCAAGCAGCUUGACAAACACUCCCAUCAUAAACAGAGAUGGGUCAGUAUUCUGAUUUUGUGGCCAAAAUUCUUAAAGAAAAAAAAAAUUGUUCAAAACAAAACAGAUUU